AUGAGCCACAAUUGGAUUCAACAGUCGGCAAUACCUGGAAGUGUUAGACCUGUUUACGGUGCUCAGUACCCACCGUUAACGGAAUACGAUGAUUUUGCAAAUAAUGCGGGCCGAAUUGGCAGUAGUGAUAGUCAGCACUCAAAUUCUGGAGCAAAGUUCCAAAAUUAUGUGGACAGCGUAUCAGAUGCUUGGGAUGUGUCCGUAACACUGGAUGAACGAGCUGCUUGCACGAGUGCUGCAAAAGUCCUCGAACGACAUGCUAGCCUGGCAGCACGUGACUUGAUAAUGCCACCGGUUAAUCCAGUUCCUUCAAGAAACAGCAAAAUACAGGCUAUGCAGCGUUUAGCUAUCCAGAAGGAACCAAUACCGGGGACAGCAGUGCCAACAGGAAGUAGUGGAGUGCAUCUGUCUAUAAAUUUAUAUCCGAGACUACCAGAAAUAUCAGUUGAAUACGGAAAAGUACUAUCAAGUUCAGCACUAGUUGAUCCGAUGAUGGCACACGAUUCAUCGACAGCUCAAGAAGGGCAUACUUUAGCUCUUCAGCGUGACCAUGCUCGCUUUGAUCGGUUACGCGCCCAGCUCGGUGUUCAUACAGGUCCGUCAUCAAGUCCGAAAAAUGUUACACAAUCUUUGAAGACUGUAGAUAUUGAUUUGGAGCAAUUGCGUAAGGACUGUUGGAUGGGUAUACCUCAUAAAUUACGACCAACGAUUUGGAGAAUAUUACUGGGUUAUCUUCCAACAAAUUUUGAGCGUCGUGAAGUAACACUUGCGAGGAAAAGGGAAGAGUAUUGGCGUUAUGUGGAGCAAUAUUUCCAUACUCGAUACGAUGAACAGCAUCAGGAUACCUUUAGACAGAUACACAUUGAUAUCCCACGUAUGUGUCCCUUGAUACCGCUGUUCCAGCAAAAAGUAGUGCAGGAGGGUAUCAACGAUCUUGUCACACCCUUCUUUGUUGUGUUCCUCUCAGAAUUCAUAUCUGAUGAUACAGAAGUUGGCACAUAUGAUGUAAGUCAAUUACCACGAGAGCAAAUUGAAAUCGUUGAAGCAGAUAGUUUUUGGUGCGUCACAGCGUUGUUGGAUACAAUUCAGGAUAACUAUACAUUUGCACAGCCAGGUAUUCAGCGUAAAGUAUCGCAGUUACGACAUCUGAUGAGUCGUGUUGACAAGCAGCUUCAUCGUCAUCUGGAAGCGCAUGGUGUUGAGUACUUACAGUUUGCGUUCCGUUGGAUGAAUAAUGUUCUUAUGAGAGAAAUCCCUUUGCGAGCCACAAUUCGCCUCUGGGAUACUUUCUUGAGUGAAAGAGACGGUUUUUCGCAGUUUCAUGGGUAUGUAUGUGCAGCUUUUCUUCGAAUGUGGUCCAAGCAGCUGCAAGCGGAGAAGGAUUUUCAGGGAAUAAUGUUGCUCUUACAAAAUCUUCCGACACAUAGCUGGGGAGAUCAACAGAUAUGUGAAUUAACAGCGGAUGCCUUUUCCUUGAUGGCUCUUUUCGAUGGCGCUAAGAAUCAUUUGGCACAAGAUAUGAAUACGUAG